AUGGCCUUCACAAUGCAUUCCCACUCGGGCCAGUUCUGCCCUGGCCAUGCCGUCGACCAGCUCGAGGACAUUGUCCUGCAUGCCAUUUCUCUUGGGUAUAAGACCAUGGGCCUUACGGAGCAUAUGCCUCGCUAUGAGGAGCGGGAUUUGUAUCCUGAAGAGCUCUCCGACCCCCAAACCUCCCUCCAAACCCUCCCCAAGCUACACUCAUCAUACCUCCUCGAAGCCCGCCGCCUACAAAACAAAUACGCCCCCCAAAUCCACAUCCUCAUCGCCUUCGAAGCAGAAUUCAUCCGCCCCUCCUACACAUCCCACGUCCACACGCUCUUCAACUCCUCCUUCCUCAUCGACUACUUCAUCGGCUCCGUGCACCACGUCCACGGCAUCCCCAUCGACUACGACAAGCCCACCUACGCCGCCGCUCUCGCCGCCACCACCACAACCUCCAAGCACUCCGAGGAGCAGCUGUUCGAAGACUACUACGAUUUGCAAUUCGACAUGCUCAAAGCGCUGAAGCCGCGCAUCGUGGGACACUUUGACCUGAUUCGGCUGAUGAGUGAGGAUCCGGCGAGGGAUCCGAGACUGUGGACGGGCGUGUGGGACAGAAUCUGUCGGAACUUGGAGUAUGCAAUGGAGAUUGGGGCGUGGCUUGAGUGUAACACUGCGGCGUUGAGAAAGGGUCUUGAUGAGCCUUAUCCUGGCCGAGUCAUUUCAGAGAAAUGGCUUCAGCUCGGCGGGAAAUUCACAAUGUCCGACGACAGCCACGGCAUCGCGCAGGUCGCUACGAAUUACUCCCGCGGUCUGGCUUUCCUCGAGAGCCUCGGCGUUGAGCACGUCUGGACCUUUCAGCGGCAAAACCAUCCCGAGGCGGGAGAAGACGCAAGGGCGACGCUCGACGAUGUGGCUGUGUCUCUCAAGGAGUUUCGGCAGCACUUUUCAUGA